AUGUCCUCCGGCGUGGUUCGAUCCACCGCCCUCAGAGCCGGCGGCGCCUGUGUGCGCUGCCGCAAGGGCAAGACCAAGUGCGUGUACGAAAACGGGCGCGCGCCCUGCAAGAACUGCGCAAAAGGCAUGCACGAAUGCUAUCUGCCCUCGGAGAGCAUGGCCCAUCACCACGGCCAGAGCCCAGCGCGCCACACCGCAGCGCAUCGCCCAGCGCGCGACGCUUUGCCGGCGUCCGGGCCCGGUGCCUCUGACGCCAGGCAGCCCGUUGUGGGCUCAGGCGGAGCCAGACACGUACAGACGACGGCCGAAAAGCUUACACCGGAACUCGUCGCCGAGUGCGAGCGCGUCGUGUCAAAGACAUUCCCAGCCUGCGUGGCCUUUCACAAGCCGACGUUUAUGCAACAACUGAAGAAUGCUUCGCUCGAAUCCAGUCUCGUCUAUGGUCUAUUGGCCUGUGCUGCUCGGAGCUCCCCGACGCUCAUCCGUCGCUAUGGCGGCACUCCUACCGCUGCGGCGGACACCUUUGCGGGCAAGGCCAUCUCCCUAAUCAACUCCAAUCUGGACCAGCCCAACCUCGCCGACAUCCAGGCUCUCUGCCUGGUCAUCAUUCACGAAUGGGGCAGCCGUAAUGCUGUUCGCGCCUACGUCUACCUCGGCCAAGCCACCCGGCUCUUGCAGAUGUAUCGGAUCCUUAACAGCCAUCACACAUCUGACACGGCCGACCAGUUCCUGCGCGAUGAGUCUUUCCGCCGCACCUUGUGGCUGACUUACAUCCUCGACUGUAUUCUCACCUCUACGCCCGGCCGGUAUCCUGCCCUGACCAUCCAGGACACCACCGACGUAGCCCUGCCCUGCUCCGACAUCAACUUUGCAUUUGGCAAUGCCGUCUAUGUCAAGACUCUCCCGCAGCAACUCGGUUUUCUCAACGGCGCUCACGAGUCGCCCAACCGGCACCUACCUAAUGGCGAGAUUGGCGAAUUCGGCCACAUUGUCAUGGCCGCUACCAUUUGGCGCGAUGUUGUUGGCAUGCUUGGCGUUGCGAGCUUUCGCGAAGAAGAUUGCACAGACCUCAUUGUUAGGAUUGAACGACUUCGGGGCAGCCUCCCCAUGCAGUUUGUUGAUAAGCCGGGACAAAUCAACCUCCAUAUGACGAUGGGAUCUGGCUAUACCUUUGCCAUGCUUCACUGCCUCAUCCACUGCGCCAUCAUCUUCGUUCACCGUCGGCGUCUUUUGGAGGAUACUACAUCCCCUUCCUUUAACCUGGAGACAUACCGCCACACCCCUCGCUGUCACGAGAUCGUGGACCGCCUCUUCAGCUCGUGCCACGGCACUUUGGCUCUCCUUGCCGCAGUCGAGACCGGCGCAGAGAAGGAUCAUGCCAUUUGCUUGCCCAUCUUCAUGCUCUUCUCCGCAUUCACCGCCAGCGCAACCAUUGCCUUCCUCUCCCUCAAGGGCCUGACACCUCCCAACGCCGUUGAGACAGCAGCGCACAUUGUCAAGGAUGGCUUGCGGUUUAUGCAUGAUGGCAAUGAGAACUGGCCGCUGAUGAACAGCUGGCUUAGGCACCUGACUGUCAUGCAACGUGUGCUUCACAACGAUGCCGCUGCUAACAUGAUGGGUUCCAGACACGGCUCUCAUCCUCACCUUGCCCCGGUGCCGGCUAUCAAGGAUGAGAUUUCAUCCAAUGGCGAUACAAAUCAAGAUGCUAUGGAGUAUGACCAGCAAUCAGCCGCUGGAGCUGGUCCCGGGCAGCAGCAUGGCUCUGCACCCCGCUCAGUAUCUGGCUCUGCUCGUGGAGACAGCGAGCCUCCUGUUGUCCUGCCUAGGCGACCUGGCGUUACGACCAUUAACGGGGGGUCUAACAACCUCUCCGCAUCGGGCACCGCAUCGCCCCCAGCUGGCGGUGCUCCGCAGGCGAACAUGCAGGUUCACGAUGUUAAGCAACCGAGUCCUGAGAUGAUGACCAACGGCAUGGUUUCGGUCCAAGACGGACAGGCUACGAGCCAGGACAUGACUGCGCCUGAGCUAUGCGAAGCGUUUGAGCGCCAGCUUUUGGAUCUCGACGACCUCGCUGCGUUUAUGGGUGGCGGGGUUUGA